AUGCUAUUGAGUUUGCGUGUUUCGCUGACGGUUUACGUAACGCAGCACAACUUCGUUACCGUUUAUCACAUUUUCUUUUACUGCAGGCGAAACGGGCUGCUAUUAAAUCACGCCUUCGCUGUCCUCGGGGGCCUAUUGUGUGCCACCUGUGUUCACGCCAACCAGGCCGCCUUGCUGUUCGUUGGCCGCUUCUUCUUGGGUCUCAAUUGUGGUAUCACGACGGGUAUCGCUCCGAUGUAUCUGGCUGAAGUUGCACCUCGCGAACUCCGUGGAACGGUUGCAGCAUGCAAUGCUCUGGGUAUCACCUUAGGUGACGUGGUCGCGUACGUAGCCACAUUGUCCAGCACAUUGAACACGAACGAAUUGUGGCCCAUCGCAUGCGGAUUGUGCGUUGUGCCAGCGGCAAUCUCCCUCCUCAUUCUGCCAUUCUGCCCAGAGAGUCCGCGUUUCCUGUUUAUGAAGAAAGCUGACGAGGUUGCUGCACGGAAGGCAUUUUGUCGUCUCAAUUCCAAUGUGAACGUUGAAGAGCUUGUUGAUGAAUUAAAAGAGGAAAUGUCAAAUGUCGAAAGCCAACCACAAUUUAAGUUCACACAUCUGUUCACUCGAAAGGAUCUCCGCAUGCCGGUGUUGCUUGCGUGUCUACUUGUGAUGCAACAACAGUUCUCUGGUAUAAAUGCGGUGAGGCGGAACAGCGUUGAUAUUGGAUGUUUAUUUAACGCAGCUAGUUCAAUUCCACAUUUUCAACAGCACGGAAAGAAAAAAGAUUUCGUCAGCUUGUGUGAUAUUGCAUUAUAA